AUGUUCUGGGAGAGAGGACAGAGGACAGAGGACAGAGGACAGAGGAGAGAGGACAGAGGACAGAGGAGAGAGGACAGAGGAGAGAGGAGAGACGACAGAGGAGAGAGGACAGAGGACAGAGGAGAGAGGACAGAGGAGAGAGGAGAGAGGACAGAGGACAGAGGACAGAGGACAGAGGACAGAGGAGAGAGGACAGAGGACAGAGGAGAGAGGACAGAGGAGAGAGGAGAGAGGACAGAGGAGAGAGGACAGAGGAGAGAGGACAGAGGAGAGAGGAGAGAGGACAGAGGAGAGAGGACAGAGGAGAGAGGACAGAGGAGAGAGGACAGAGGAGAGAGGACAGAGGAGAGAGGACAGAGGAGAGAGGAGAGAGGAGAGAGGACAGAGGACGGAGGACAGAGGACAGAGGAGAGAGGACAGAGGAGAGAGGAGAGAGGACAGAGGAGAGAGGACAGAGGAGAGAGGACAGAGGAGAGAGGAGAGAGGACAGAGGAGAGAGGACAGAGGAGAGAGGACAGAGGAGAGAGGACAGAGGAGAGAGGAGAGAGGAGAGAGGACAGAGGACAGAGGACAGAGGAGAGAGGACAGAGGAGAGAGGACAGAGGACAGAGGACAGAGGAGAGAGGACAGAGGAGAGAGGAGAGAGGACAGAGGACAGAGGAGAGAGGACAGAGGAGAGAGGAGAGAGUACAGAGGACAGAGGACAGAGGAGAGAGGAGAGAGGACAGAGGACAGAGGAGAGAGGACAGAGGACAGAGGACAGAGGAGAGAGGAGAGAGGACAGAGGAGAGAGGACAGAGGACAGAGGACAGAGGAGAGAGGACAGAGGAGAGAGGAGAGAGGACAGAGGACAGAGGAGAGAGGACAGAGGACAGAGGAGAGAGGAGAGAGGACAGAGUAGAGGUACAUGAGAACAGGUACAUGAGCACAGGUACAUGA